AUGGCUGCACAUUUAGCUGCCCUGUUUGACGUCGAGAGCUCCCAGACGGCCUUGUUCCCAGCUACAGCUAUUCCAGACACCACACGGCGGCCAUCAGAAUAUGAAUUGCAUCAGCUGCACCGGAGUAAAUCGCCUCGAGUAGGCGAGGUCCAAGAGCCGUCUAGGGCUUCACAGCCCCAGCCUGAUCUAGAGGGGAGCCCAUCGGCCCCGCGGUCUCCAAAUGUCGAACACUUUGAGCCUGCGACAGCAGAGCUAGUGCCGAGUCUUUCAAACCCACCUAGAAACAGAUGGCGCUUCGCCAGUGCAUGCUUAAUGUUCCUAGCUAAUGGCAUGAACGACAGCGCGCCCGGUGCUUUGAUUCCAUACAUGGAGACCGACUACAACAUCGGUUAUGCCAUUGUCUCCUUGAUCUUCGUUUCCAAUGCGGCCGGUUUUCUUCUGGCGGCUCCCUUGGUGCAUCUCCUCGCCACUCGGUAUGGCCGCUCGAAAACUGCCAUUUUCUGCCAGAUUGUCUUGGUCGCCGGUUUCCUCAUCGUUGCUUGCAAAACCCCUUUCCCGGCGGUUGUUGUGAGUUAUUUCUUGCUCGGCCUCGGCAUCGCCAUAAAUCUUGCUUUGAACAAUGUUUUUUUAGCCAAUCUGGCAAAUGGAACCGAGCUUCUGGGUGUCGGGCACGGAUCUUAUGGGAUUGGAGGCACGAUAGCGCCCUUGAUCGCAACCGCCAUGGCAUCUCACGGCAUUCAUUGGUCGUACUUUUUCUUCAUCACUCUAGCGUUGGCCGCUUUCAACCUGCCAUUUGCCGGGUGGGCGUUCGGCGGGUUUGAAAAGGAUUUGCAUGGGCCUGCUCCAGUUGCUACUGUGUCUGCAGCCAACACUGCAACCAAAAAGAAAGGGUUCGUAACAAAAGCCUUAAAAGCAAAGGCAACGCUCCUCGGUGCCCUCUUUAUCUUUGCGUACCAGGGUGCCGAGGUUUCUAUUUCGGGCUGGAUUGUUUCCUAUCUGAUCAAAUAUCGCGAUGGAGACCCUGCCCAUGUUGGGUAUGUCAGCGCGGGCUUCUGGGCCGGGAUUACCCUUGGUCGGUUCCUCUUGUCUCCUAUAGCACGCAGGGUUGGGGAGAAGCUAUCGGUGUUUGUGCUGGUCGCUGGGGUCAUCGGCUUUCAGAUCAUGUCGUGGCUGAUCCCCAAUAUCAUCGGAGAAGCCGUCGUGGUCUCGGUUCUGGGCCUGCUGCUCGGGCCCGUCUAUCCGUGUGCCACCGUGGUGUUUAACCGACUUCUCCCGCGAGACAUUCAAACGACAAGCCUGGGCUUCAUUAGUGCAAUGGGGAGCAGCGGCGGCGCGGUGGCGCCCCUGAUUACUGGUUUGCUGGCUCAGAAGUUCGGAACGGUGGUCUUGCAUCCUAUCUGUCUGGGACUGUACGGUGUGAUGCUUGUUGCCUGGGCUUGCUUGCCCAAGACCGUGAAACGAUCAGAUUAG